AUGAACCGAAGAGAUACCAAUACCGAUGACGAAUCGGUCCUGGCGGGAUUGGAACGAUUAAAAAUUGAUGAUUCACACGUGAACAAGAUGAGCCGCAGACGUUCGAAUCGAAUUCAAGAGCGUGAGGAACGCCGAAAGACGCUUGAAAUCAAUUUUGAUUGGUUCAACAACAAUUUGCCGGUGAAGAGUAGCCCCGUGAAAAAGCCAACAAAAUCGGAAAAUGAAUUCGAGCUAGAAUUCGACAACGUUCACUAUCAACGAGCAAUCAUGCAGUUCACAUAUAUCAAGAACAACGAGCAUUUGGCACGGCACAAGAAGAAAAGCAGUGAUGACAUUGGCAUUGGUUGCGAUUGCAUUCUGAAACCUGAACAAGUGGCACGUGGCGAAAAGGGUUGUGGCAGUGAUUGUUUGAAUCGUGUAAUGUCCAUUGAAUGUGACCAGGACUGUCCACUUGGGCCAAUGUGCAGCAAUCAACGCUUUCAAAAGUACGAAAAUGCACGAUGCGCUGUGUUCAUCACCGAAAUGAAAGGAUACGGACUGUUUGCAUCGACGCACAUUCCAAAAAACAAAUUCAUCAUGGAAUUUGUUGGCGAGGUGGUUGCCAUGAGUGAGUUCAAACGACGGAGCAAAGAAUAUGAGAAGAAAAAACUUCGUCAUUGCUACGUAAUGACUUCAUCGGGUAAUCAUCUGAUUGAUGCGACACAGAAAGGCAAUCUCACACGGUUCGUUAAUCAUUCGUGCGAUCCAAAUGCUGAAACUCAAAAGUGGACGGUCAACGGAGAGUGCCGAAUUGGUAUUUUCAGCAAACGGCCCAUCCAGCAAUUCGAAGAAAUUUCAAUAAACUACCAGUUUGAACGGUUCGGAAAGGAUGCCCAAGCGUGCUACUGCGAAUCUGCAAACUGCAGUGGAUACAUUGGUUCCAAGUAGAACAUUCCUGACUUUGCCAAAAAAAAACCAUGCAUUUGCAUGUGUUACAGACGAAAAGCUUAGAUUUUAUAAGUGA